AUGCCGAAAGCCGCGAAGAACAAGAAAAACUCCGCACCGGGGAGCGGCCCCUACGCCGCCGCCGCCGCCAAGUCGAAGGCCGCCCACUCCAUCUUCAAAUUCAACACCGACCUCGGCCAGCAUAUUCUGAAGAACCCCGGUGUCGCGCAAGCGAUUGUGGACAAGGCAGACCUCAAGCAGAGCGAUGUCGUCCUCGAAGUCGGUCCCGGUACCGGUAACCUGACGGUCAAGAUUCUGGAGAAGGCAAAGAAGGUCAUCGCUGUGGAGAUGGACCCGCGCAUGGCGGCCGAAGUCACAAAGCGCGUGCAGGGCACGCCGGCGCAGAAGCGGCUGGAGGUGAUUCUGGGCGACGUGAUCAAGACGGAGCUGCCGUACUUCGACGUCUGCAUCUCGAACACGCCCUACCAGAUCUCGUCGCCACUGACGUUCAAGCUGCUCGCGACGCAGCCCUCGCCGCGCACCCUGAUUCUCAUGUUCCAGCGCGAAUUCGCCAUGCGCCUGCUCGCCAAGCCGGGGGACAAGCUGUACAGCAGGAUCAGCGUCAACUGCCAGAUGUGGGCAAAGGUCGAUCACAUCCUGAAGGUCGGCAAGAACAACUUCAACCCCCCGCCCCAGGUCGAGUCGUCGGUCGUCCGCAUCGUGCCGAAGAACCCGCGCCCGCAGAUCAGCUACGACGAGUGGGACGGGCUGCUGCGCAUCUGCUUCGUCAGGAAGAACAAGACAAUGAGGUCGAGCUUCUUCGGGACGUCCAGCGUCAUGGAUAUGCUCGAGGCCAACUACAGGACUUUCUGCGCCCAGCAUGAUAUUCCGCUGGACGACAGCCCGCUGGACCCCAACGACACUGCUAUGGAGGUCGAGGAGCAAGAGGAGGAAUGGAACGGCAUUGAUGAGGAUAUGGACAUCGAGGAGGAGGACAUUCCUGCCUUUUUCAAGGAGCAGGCGGCCGAGAAGGCAAAGUUGAAGAAGAACGCCACGCCAAGGAAGAAGAAGGGCAAGGUGUCCGAGUUGGUGCGUGAGAAGGUUCGCAAGGUGCUCGAAGACGAAACCGAGCUUGCGGAGAAGAGAUCAAGGAUGUGUGAGGAGGGCGAUUUCCUGAAGUUGCUGUAUGCUUUCAACAAAGAAGGCAUUCACUUCAGCUAA